AUGGUGGUGUUAGAUAUGCUAAUGCCACAAGUACUAAAUCACGUGUCCAUCGACUUUCUUCUCUCUCUUUUUUUUUUGAUAUACACCGUAUCAAUUAACGCGGUUUGUAUGCCGAUAUGUCAAGUACAAGUACAAAGACACAUAAUCAUGAAGUCUGUGGCCUUUCAUUUUCUCAAUAUGCCUAAUGAGAAGGUCACCACUGGUCAAUGUGAUGCCACUCGCUUCGCUCAGUCCACACAUAUAAAAACUGACCCCUGCUUUAUGGCCACUUCUCAUGGAAAUUGGGAAGCUUUGUUGAAAAGCGGUAAUGGCGCCGACCACCAUAACACCGGCAUUUCAGCGGGAAACAUGUCUGCACCACACAAGUACCGGCCACAACGCCCGGUUUUUUUAUCACAACUGCUCCGCGCGCCACGUGUUGGUGUGUCGACUGUCAUGAUCGACGGUUGCCCGUGCGAAGCGAUAUGUUUCAGCGGCCGCGUUGUGAGAUGUGAGAGAGUCACAACGGCUGAGAGUCAUGCAGCUAGAGAUUAUACUGCGAUGUUGGUCUCAGAUAAUACGGGUAUGAUUGCUGUGAUACAAUACGACUCGCAGUUAAAAGAACAUAAUAAUGAAUGUGAUGUUACAAACGCAGCACAUGGCGCAUGUGCUCCACAUGGGGAGGGAGCGCGUUCUCUGCGAAAAGAUGACCGCACAACAGAAACUUUAGCGGCAGAAGCAAUGCUUUAUGGUGAUUCCGAUCUCCAAGACAGGCCUGAAUUAUGCGAUUGCAAUUGCGAGGUACAGGAAAAUGAUUAUGUGUUUGUGGUGGGUCGCCUCACCUUCGCGGAUAUUUCAAAGGAUGCGUGUCGUGUGGUGAAGGGUAUGCAGGACUUCAUCUCCUCCACAUCAAAUAAUGUUGAACCCCGAAAAAGAACGGCGUUGCCCGUCGAUUCCUGUGGCGGUGUGACGUGUGUCCGAGGAACCGUCCGCCGAAUUGAUGACGUGAAUGAAAUUCAUUAUUGGUUCUUGAGUGCGCUGGAAACUCAUCUUCGUUUGGUCAACGGAAAAACAAAACGACCCACCGCCACCCCCGCCACAGAAGAACAUUUGUCACAUAUAUCAUAA